UUUUUUUGAGUUCUCUAGAAUAUUCCUAGGGGCGGGCAGGAUUGUAAAUUUACCAUAUUCUAGAGAGUUCCUGCAACAAAUGCGGAUAGUUGGGAUAUGGGGAGAUGGAAUCUCCACCGUUAGAGUGAGGAGAGAUCUACGGUUGUAAUGAGGGGAGUCCAUAUAUAUAAGUGUCUUCUCCCCGUCAUUUGUCUCAACUCACAAGCAAUACAAUAUUUCGAGUUUCUCUCUCACGGGCCUUUUGAGAGUACCGGAGAAAGGCUGGCUGACUUGGGAAGAAAUUCUUGAGGUCGCACGGUGUAUUUUGACAAGUACCCAGUCGGCUGAGCAUGCUCAAGACUUUGCCUAUUGGUCUGCUAUCGAUCAUCUUUGAGUAGUAUUGGACAUGCUUUGUGAAGGAGAAUUGGUCAAGUAUGUCUGCCCUGGUAAGCCAGACAGUAAUGGAUUGAUUUCUCGAAGGUCAAUAAUAACAAGCCUCUUGAAGUACUUAUUAUGUGAAAAGGCGAGCAAGGAUCAUGGCUACUUUCUGGCCAUAACAUCCAUUAAAAGCAUCAGUUUGAAACUGGUCAACGAGGUUCGGUUUCCGUUGUUCCGCGUGAUAUUCAAUUGCCGCACUUUCAUGCCAUUCCAGGGAGAAAUCUUGCAGGGGGUUGUGGACCAGGUAUUCAGGUCAGGAAUGGGUUUGCUCCUCAGAAGUGGACCUUUAAAAUGGGUGUAUCUCUCAGCGAUUAAAAUGCCAGGUUACAGCUUUAUUCCUGGAGAAAAUCCUUCUUUUCUUCAUGACAAGUUCGGGAAAAUAGAAGCCGGUGUCGUGGUUCGUUUUUCAGUGCUCAGCUUUAGAUGGAUAGGGAGAAGAUGGGGGGAUGCAAGGAAUGAGCUUGCCGUCCUUGCUAGUAUAGAAGGAGAGUAUCUAGGGCCUCUUCCUGAGGUUCAACCUGAUGACAUUGUAUUGUAAAUUGUUCUAGGAACAGGAUUAAUUUUCGUGAUCUCUAUUGAAAUCUUUGUGUGAUUCCUAUCCUUUAUUUAAGCUUGCAAGAUCUGGCCUUUUAUGUCAUCAGGUCAGGGAUGAUAACAGAUGCCCGCUUUAACAAUCUCACCCAGCUUUGCUAAAUGCAGAACUUGGUGUUUAAUUGUACUGGCGUUUAAGAACAUAAGAAUUGAUAGAUGUCGGAAUUCUCUUGCAGUA